AUGCCACUCUAUGAAACGGCAAUGCAAGAAAAACCACCUGUGGUCUUAGAUAUUGGGUCGGCAUAUACCAAUUCCAGAUUUGGUUUUGCAGCCGAGGCAUAUCCCAGAAAAAUCAUACCCACAGAAGUGAUACUUUCGUCGAAUGGUGAAACGAAACAUUUAUUCGAUUACAAUGACAAAUUGGAGUUCUAUGAUCAAAUGGUGGAUUUUUUGCAGACCAUAUUUUUCAAAUAUUUAUUGGUAAGUCCCAAGGAGAGGAAAAUUGUGGUGGUGGAAAAUGUCUUCGGCCAGACCAUUAUACGUGAAACCUUGGCCAAGGCCUUGUUUCGCCAUUUCGAGGUCUCCUCGGUACUCUAUGUACCCUCACAUAUGAUUGCCCUUUCCACAUUGGCUGUGCCACAUGGUGUUGUUGUCGAUAUAGGAUAUAGUGAAACAACUGUUAUGCCCGUUUUCAGUGGUGUCCAGGUAAUGCAAGCAUUCCAAGAUCAACGAUAUGGUGGACGUGCUGUACAUGAAGAAAUCAAACGUAUGCUAGUGGCCGAGGGAGUACGUGAAGAGUUACUUAAUGAAACCGUUUUGGAAGAUAUUAAAGUACGCACAUGUUUUGUAACAAAAUUGGAACGGGCCCAAGCUUAUUUGAAAAAUGAACCACCACAAGCACCACCAAGCGUGGACUAUCCCAUUGCAGAUGAGGCAAUUAUUUCGGUACCCGGUAGGGUGCGAGAAACAGCAUUUGAGGUGUUCUUCGAAGAGAACAAUGAUCGUGAUAGUCUACCACAUUUGAUUAUAAAAUCCAUCCUCCAUUGUCCAAUGGACAUACGUCGUGCACUGAUGGAGAAUAUUUUUGUUAUUGGUGGUAGUGCAAUAAUAAUGGGUAUUUUACCACGCCUACAACAAGAACUAAAAUAUUUGAUUGAAAAUGAUCCGGAGUAUAAGGAAAAAUUGCAUGGAGAUGUAACAUUUAAAUUCCAUAAGACUAUUGGCCGUCCAAAUAUAACGGCAUGGAUUGGUGGCUCUUUGUGUGGUGGUACGGAUUUGGUUAAUACACGAUCCCUAACCAAAGAGGCUUAUAUGCGUUUGGAAAGAGUACCGGAUUGGGUGUGUUUGGAUGAUAAUCGUACAGCGGGCUAA